GAAUGAGGUCCACGGGAAUGGCGAAUUUUGAUUAAAAAUUGGACGUUCUUUUUUUUCCAUCUCUCAAUCUUUUUUUUUUUUUAUUCUCUUUCCCUCUCUCUCUCUCUCUCUCUCUCUCUCUCUCUAUCUCGAUGGAGACAACGGUAAUGGAUCGUUCGACAAGUUUUCAUCCGUAGUUCUGCAUUUGACGUAAUGACCAAAAUAGCUAUAGUUCCGGUGGAUGGAUUCGCGUAAUUCAGGAUCGCGGCACCCAGUACGAAGGGGCGAUUUCCAAUUACAUCACCGUGUACGAGCGGUCGAUUAAUCGACGCCGUCGAGCGGAAAUGAGAAAUGCUCGCUUUACUCGUCCGUCGGAUUAUCCAUCGGCCGUUCGUGUGAUCUUCGAUCGUCAUUUUGAAACAACCAGAGGGUAAAGAACUGAAAAAUAGAGAGAUAGACAGAUAGAGAUAGAGAUAGAGAUAGAAAGAGAGAGAGAACGAGGGAGAGAGAAAGAGAGAGAUAAAGAAGGAUAAAGUAAAUAGAAAACGUUCGUUGGUUGGUAAAAAUUGUAGUACAGUUGUUAGAUAUGUCGAGAUUAACAAUCGAAUUGAAAUUAAAAAUUGAAUUUCUCAUCUUGAUCAAAUUAUAGUUUCUUUCUAUUAUAUAAUAUGUAUAUAUAUAUAUAUAUAUACAUAGAUGCUAUAUUUACUCUGUAAUAUUGUUGAAAAAUUAAUUAAAACGAUAAGUGAAGUAGAAAUGGAUCUACACCGAGCAAUUGAUCCAUCUAUCAUAUAAGUUUAUAAAAACUUAUGAAUUACAUUCAUUUUUGUUUUCUUUUUUCAUCUUUUUUUCUUUUUGAAGAAUCAAUCAAUCCUAUCCUAAGGGGAUUACUCUCGAUGUAAAAAUUGUUUUAAAAAAUAUUAUUACUAUUACUAUUAAUAUUACUAGUAUUACUAAUAGUAUUUCUAUUAACUAUUAUACCGCGAAUAAUUUUCAAGAGCCAAUUAGGGAUGCGCAUUUUACUCAUCGUUGAAUAUAUGUAUAUAUAUAUAUAUAUAUAUUGGAUCAAUGUCUUGGUCGUGUCGUGCUAUUGAUCAUAGUCAAAAGUGUCUCCUUUAACAUAAAAGGAUUAAAGCCUGUUAAAUGUACAGUAUAAAUGGAUUAUAAAAACAUGCUUAAAUUAAAGUCGAAUAGAAUUUAUAUAUAUAUCGUCCAUUAAUGACUAUAUUAUUAUUAUAUAAUAUUAUCACGUUGGAAUUAAUGACAAUGAUUAAUAAACGAUGCUGAAAAUAGGUGAAUUUUCGAUUGUGGAUUUUCGAAUGUUAAAAGAGAGAUCCAAAGGGACAAAUAAAAAAAAGAAAAAAAAAUAAUACAAAAGAGAUAUGAUAGAUAGAUAGAGAAAGAGAGAAAGGGAGAAAGAGAAAGAGAGAGAGAGAGAGAGAUACAAAGAUACAGACAAGAGAGAAUAGAAUCGAGGGGUAGGAAACAAUUUGUUACGAAUGACAGAGUAUGUAUGAAUGUAUGUAUAUAACAUAUAUCUAUGUAUAUAUAUGUAAAUACAUACGUAUAUAUUGGUAGAGGUAUCUAUCUCGUAGUAGUUAUGUACCAGGACGAAAUUAAAUUUGGUAGGACGAAUCUUUUGUUUUUCGUGUAUCAUACAACCAACACACAUCGAACAGAAUGAUAGAGAGAGAGAGAGAGAUAGAGAGAGAGAGAGAGAGAGAGAGAGAGAGAGAGAGAAGAGAGGGCCAUUUAUAAAUAUACGUGACCACCGAGCCGUUUACACACUCUAUCUCGCGAAUUCAUCGUGCCAAUGAGCAUACGUGCGAUGCUCUUGUUGCUAUACCUAAAUACCUUUAAACGUUGCCAUCCCAGUUCCUCGUAUUCAACGAAACGUAUACGGAACAGUCUCGUUACGAGGAUAGAAGUCAACCGAAUGAAACAUAUAUCUCUUAAGGAGGAACGAUACGAUGAGGAUCGGUCUAAUGUUAAACUUCCUUGGGAUAUCCAUGACGUAAGAUCUUAGUUUAUAAUUUGGCUGCUCGAAAAGAAGAGCAGCUGUUAUAAAUAAGGAGAAAGAAAGAAGGAAAGAAAGGAAGGAAGGAAGGAAGGAAGGAAGGAAGAGAAAGAAAUAAAUAGAGAAAGAGAAGAGACAGAAAAAGAGUUUUGAUGAUAGAAUGACGAUGCUAACGACAGCGUCUGAUCGUCCGGAGGCCUCGUUGAUCGGCGUGACGUCGGUCCUGGACUUAGCCUCAGGGAGUAAUCUCAGUUUGUCUAACAACAUAACAAAUGGGGAAGAGUCAAAGGAUCAGGAUCCAUGGCGCGACGUAUCAUUGACCAUAUUAAAGGGUUGUAUACUUGGUUGGAUCAUAGUUAUGGCGGUAUUUGGUAAUUUAUUAGUGAUGGUGUCUGUAAUACGUCAUAGAAAAUUACGGAUUAUAACGAAUUAUUUCGUUGUCUCUCUCGCGCUCGCGGACAUGUUAGUUGCCAUGUUCGCUAUGACAUUUAAUGCCAGCGUACAGAUAUACGGUCGAUGGCUUUUCAGUCAUUUCAUGUGCGACGUUUGGAACUCAUUGGACGUCUACUUCAGUACUAGCUCGAUUCUCCACUUGAUGUGCAUCUCGGUUGAUCGUUAUUAUGCGAUCGUGAAGCCUCUCAAGUAUCCCAUCAAGAUGACGAAGAGAGUGGUAGCUUGUAUGCUGCUAGCUUGCUGGUUAUCACCGGCCAUCAUAUCGUUCGUACCGAUAUUCAACGAUUGGUAUACCACCAGUGAGCACAGCUUACACCGACAGAUCCAUCCAGAAAUGUGUUUGUUUCGCGUUAACACUGGUUACGCGAUUAUAUCGUCGUGCAUAUCAUUUUGGAUACCUUGUACGAUAAUGAUGGUUACAUAUUACUCGAUCUUUAAAGAGGCAAAUCGUCAAGAAAAACAAAUGCACAGUCGUUUAGGUAACGCCAUGUUAAUGGGCCAUAGAUCGAGUAAAGAUCUGAACAAUCUUAAUGGUGAAUUAAAUAGUGCCGGUUCAUCGAAAACAUUAACCCUCAACGAGAUAAAUACGGAUCAAUUGCAUACGCCUACAAAGGACAAGAACAUAAUGAAGAUGAAGAGGGAACAUAAGGCUGCUAGGACACUCGGAAUAAUAAUGGGCACUUUCAUACUCUGCUGGUUACCAUUCUUUCUAUGGUACGUCAUAACAGCACUGUGCGAGACGUGUCCCUGUCCCGAUAUCGUCAUUGCUAUAUUAUUUUGGAUAGGAUAUGCCAAUUCGGCGUUAAAUCCGCUGAUAUACGCAUACUUCAAUCGUGAUUUUCGGGAAGCUUUCAAGAACACCCUACAGUGCGCCUUUUGUUCACUCUGCAAACGGCAGCCGUCCGAUCUCGAAGCAUUGAACUUCCGCCGGCCAUCCCUAAGGUACGAUGAUCGCACGAAGAGCAUAUACACGGAAACUUACAUCAUCAAGCACAACGACCGUCGGAGAUCGAGCGAAUUCGGCAGCAGCCUUUGAGAGACUACAUUUUAACGUGACCUCGAGUCGUACGGUGUUUCUGUGUUCGUAAGAAAUAAAAUAUUCGUUGUGAUUGUUAGAUGAGAAAUGUAGGAAAGAGAUAAGGAUUCCCUUUGAUAGGGAUUAUUAGAAGAGAUUUGAUGAAAGGAAUGAGGGAAUUAGAAAAUAAUCAAAUGAAUAAUAGUUAAAAGAACAACGUGCGAAGAUCUUUAUCUCUUUCUCUCUCUCUCUAUCUAUCUAUCUAUCUAUCUAUCUAUCUAUCUAUCUAUCUAUCCCUAUCUCUUAAUUUAAUCCGCAUAAAGGAUAAUAUUAAAGGAUAAUAUAUCGCACUUCUUUAAUAGAACAUUUUUUUCCCUUUUGUGUCCUUAAAAUCGUAUCGCUUUUAUGAAGGACUCUUGUAUGUUUGCAAAAGAGAUAGAUAGAUAGAUAGAUAGAUAGGUAGAUAGAUAGAUAGAUAGAUAGAUAGAUAGAUAGAUAGAUAGAUAGAGAGGGAGAGAGAGAAAGAAGAGGAGAAGCUUUCGCACGUUUUAAUGAAACGCGAUAAAAGCAAAAGACGACGGACCUUAACGUCGUUUCGUUUAUUACUUUCCCUCCCUCCCUCUUUUCCCUCCCCCGCUCCACCACAGUCGCCGUUCGACGAUCCUUUGAAAACCCGCCUUUAAUCGUGACCGACGUUCAAAAAAACGUUUUCAUCUCUGCCCAAUUGCAAUCGAUAACUCGAUUGUCGAUCGAGCUUCAUAGAACAAAUGGCUACAAAAGUGAAACGCAGACAUAGAUAUAUAUAGAUAGAUAGAUAGAGAGAGAGAGAGAGAGAGAGAGAGAGAGAGAGAGAGAAAGAGAGAGAAUAAAGAAAAAGAGAUAAAAAUGAAAAAUAAAUGGCGAGUAUCAUGGCCUAAAAAAAUCUAUGUAUGUGAGUGUGUGUGUGUGUGUAUGUGUGUAUGCGUGUGUAAGUACACGUAUCUCUAUUGCGUUUAAUAUACCGAUUUACAUUUCAUCCAUUAGAAGACGUCGCUUUUCAAAUGAAAUUCUCUAUUUCUAUCUCUCUCAUUCUCUUUCUCUCUCUCUCUCUCUCUCUCUCUCUCUCCCUCUUUCUCUCUCUCUCUCUCUGUAUCGGUCUCUACAAACCGGUGCUAAGUUUUGUCAUUACUCUUAGAGAAAUUAGGAACUUGAAAAUGUAUACGUAUGCAUGUUACGUGUGAAAGAUAAAGAGAAAGAGAGAGAGAGAGAGAGAGAGAGAGA